AGUAUCGUCAUCAUUUUGACCACAUUAGACCCUAAAUCGCUUCAAGUGCAACCGUCGACUGCUUGGGACAUUCACUGUCGUUACUACGACAGCGCGCCUACAUUGGAGGACGCGCUGAAGUUAAUCGCCGGCGUGCAAGCACCCUUGAACCGGUUCGCCCUGACAUUAAGCCUCAGAAUGGACGUCUAUCGCAACGCUCACCUUUCAGAUAUUUACCAGGUUUUAUCUAAUCAGGCAUUACCGGACGCACGUGGCGAUGAGCACGUUUUAAGGAGUUUCGAUACGGAAUGCUGGCGAGCUGUGUACAGAGACGACCCAACGGGCUACUACUUCACGUACUUACCAGAAGGCUACUGCAACUUUGCAAGCUACUCUGGUCAUGGACUCGACGGAGUGACUUCAUUUGAGACAUCCCGUUCAAUUGAGGACAAGAUGACCAGGUGCAAGAUGUUUCUCCAGCAGCUAGGCAUCCUCAGCACACACAUUGUUGGAUGGCUGGCACACGACGUCACGUUCAACUUGGCUCGCGAACAGUGUGGUGGCAAAGCAAACCGGCUCCUCAAGAUGCGGGAAUUGACUGCAUGAUGGCCGCAAGUAACCGUUGAUUACUUGAAGGCGCUCAGCCGGCACGUCGUUGGAGGCACAAAUUGGCCUACUUGUCUCCUGGGCAUAUAGCUAGUCUUACACCCAUAUUUGAGACAAUGAACCUUAGUAUGUUAUUUAUCGCCAUUUUGCACGCGAACUCGUCAAGACUGAAUUUGGUGACGAAUGAAUUGUGAAUUAUUUUUUGGUGCAGUAAAACAA